AAGUUGAGGAGUUUUUUUUUAUCCUUUACUCGUUUCUUUAUGCACGUGAAGAAUUUAAUGCUCAAAUUAACUCUCACUUCUCCACUGAUUAAGGAAGAUCUCCAGAUUCAAACCGCUUUACAAAGAACCCGUAAAACCCACCACUCCAUCUCUCUCAAAGCUUCAAUCUUUCACCAAAUUCUCAAUCCCCAAUUCGAAAUCACCAUGCUUUACAAAUCAAGAUUCAUCUUCCUAACCCUCACCAUCUUCUUCUUGCUCACAUUUUCAACCACAACACAAGAACAACAAGAAUCAAAAGUUGACCAUGAAACUGCCAACAAUGAAGAUGAUGACAAUGAAUUAAUGGAGCUCAUAGCCAUUGAUGAAGAGGGUAUAGAUGAGCAAGAUCAAGAACACCAAGAAGAGCAGCAAAAAGAAGCUGAAGUUCUCUCAAAAGCUCAAAGAAUUGUUCUUGAGUUGAAUACUGAGAGUGUUAAUAGGGUGAUUGAUGGGAAUGAGUAUGUUUUGGUUCUUGGUUAUGCACCUUGGUGUCCGAGAAGUGCUGAGCUUAUGCCUCAGUUUGGUGAGGCUGCUAAUAGGCUUAAGGAGCUUGGGAGCUCUCUUGUGAUGGCUAAACUUGAUGCUGAUCGCUACCCGAAAGCUGCUUCGGUUCUUGACGUUAAAGGGUUUCCUACUUUGCUGCUUUUUGUUAAUGGGACUUCUCUGGUUUACUCUGGUGGAUUCUCUGCGGAGGAUAUAGUGAUCUGGGCUAGAAAAAAGACUGGUGUGCCGGUUACUAGAUUAAGCUCGAUUUCUGAGGCAGAGGAUUUUCUUGAGAAGUACCACAUGUUUGUUCUUGGUGUCUUCGAGAAAGUUGAGGGACAUGAACAUAAAGAAUUUUUAAAAGCUGCAGUCUCUGAUAAUGAAAUCCAAUUUGUUGAAAUAAGUGACCUCACUGUUGCUAAAGUUCUCUUUCCAGAUAUCAAAUCUACUAAUUUCAUUGGACUUGUUAAAAGUGAGCCUGAAAGAUACACUGCAUACGAAGGGACUUUUGAUAUGGAGAAUAUAUUACAGUUUUUGGCACAUAACAAGUUUCCAUUGGUGACCUCACUAACUGAACUAAAUUCAAUCAGAGUUUUUUCCAGUCCCAUCAAGCGUCAGGUUAUUGUUUUUGCACAGGCUGAUAAUUUCAAGGAUCUUCUUGAACCGCUCCAAGAGGUUGCGAGGAAGUUCAAAUCAGAGAUAAUGUUCAUAUAUAUAGACAUUGAAGAUGAAAAUCAAGCAAAGCCUCUCUUAACUUUAUUUGGGCUUGAAGACUCAGAAGAAACCCUGGUGGCUGCAUUUGAUAAUAAGAUGAAUUCAAAGUAUUUGUUAGAGUCAGAUCCAUCUCCAAGCAAUAUAGAAGAUUUCUGUUUAGGGCUUCUCCAUGGCAGUCUGUCAACUUACUACAAAUCACAACCAAUACCUGAUAACAAAGAUGCAAGUAUUCAGAUAAUUGUAGGGAAGACUUUUGACGACUUGGUGUUGAGCAGUCCCAAGAAUGUUCUUCUGGAGGUAUAUACACCUUGGUGUAUCGCUUGCGAGUCUACGAGUAAGCAGAUCGAGAAGUUAGCAAAGCAUUUUAAAGGUUUGGACAGCCUUGUUUUUGCAAAGAUCGAUGCUUCUGCAAAUGAACAUCCCAAACUGCAGGUAGAGGAGUAUCCAACACUUCUAUUUUAUCCAGCAGUCGAUAAAGCAAAUCCGAUCAAGCUGUCAGCAAAAUCCAGCUCAAAGGAGUUGGCAGCCACCAUCAACAAACAUUUAAAAAGCAAAGAGGAAGUCGCCAAAGACGAAUUGUAGAAAUAUGUAAUGAUCAACAGUAAUAGACAUAACUACAGAGUGAAGAGAUGGAGCUGAAUGAGUUUCUGCAUUACAACACGGAGGACAAUUUCGCGUAAGUCGUUGGAGUAAUCAAUAUUGCUUGCAUUUUUGUUUAUACAGUUCUUUUUCAAGUUAACACAAUAGUAAGAAGCCUUGCAUAAUAAAGCACAUUACAUAUAGAUACUCUAUUUAUACUAACUAUAAAUACUAAGUGAUACAUCAUUUUUUUCCUUCUUGAA